GCUUACAGGGCUAACAGGGCUUACAGGGCUUACGGGCUUACAGGGCUUACAGGGCUAACAGGGUUAACAGGGCUUACAGGGCUUACAGGGCUUACAGGGCUUACAGGGCUUACAGGGUUAACAGGGCUCACAGGGCUAACAGGGUUAACAGGGCUUACAGGGCUAACAGGGCUUACAGGACUUACGGGCUUACAGGCUUACAGGGCUAACAGGGCUUACAGGGCUUACAGGCUUACAGGGCUUACAGGGCUUACAGGGUUAACAGGGCUUACAGGGCUAACAGGGCUUACAGGACUUACGGGCUUACAGGCUUACAGGGCUAACAGGGCUUACAGGGUUAACAGGGCUUACAGGGCUUACAGGGCUUACAGGGCUUACAGGGCGAACAGGGCUUACAGGGCUUAUGGGCUUACAGGGCUUACAGGGCUUACAGGGCUAACAGGGCUUACAGGGUUAACAGGGCUUACAGGGCUUACAGGGCUAACAGGGCUUACAGGGCUUACAGGGCUUAUGGGCUUACAGGGCUUACAGGGCUUACAGGGCUAACAGGGCUUACAGGGUUAACAGGGCUUACGGGCUUACAGGGCUUAUGGGCUUACAGGGCUUACAGGGCUUACAGGGCUUACAGGGUUAACAGGGCUUACAGGGCUAACAGGGUUAACAGGGCUUACAGGGCUAACAGGGCUUACAGGACUUACGGGCUUACAGGCUUACAGGGCUAACAGGGCUUACAGGGUUAACAGGGCUUACAGGGCUUACAGGGCUUACAGGGCUAACAGGGCUUACAGGGCGAACAGGGCUUACAGGGCUUACAGGGUUAACAGGGCUUACAGGGCUUACAGGGCUAACAGGGCUUACAGGGCUUACCAGCUUACAGGGCUUACGGGCUAACAGGCCUUACAGGGCUUACGGGCUUACAGGGCUUACGGGCUUACAGGGCUUACAGGGCUAAGAGGGCUUACAGGGCUUACAGGGCUUACAGACUUACAGGGCUUACGGGCUUACAGGGCUUAUGGGCUUACAGGGCUUACAGGCUUACAGGGCUUACAGGGCUUACAGGGCUAACGGGGCUUACAGGGUUAACAGGGCUUACAGGGCUUACAGGGUUA